AUGUCGGUCCAGGGCCGAGCGCGUCUAAUAUGGCGUACCUUGGCGAGGCCCGUUGUCUACCCUAAUCAAUGCCACUUGACGGUGGAAGACCAGAAGGGCAGUUGGCGACAUGCGUCCACAUCCAGAGUCAAGCUAGGUAUUGGCAAGAGCAGUCCUCGAUCAAGCCCGACCGCCACUCCGCGCACAAGCUCUCGUUUCAAAAGUGAUGCAUCUUGUGGCACGUCGUCUGCACUGAAGCCGCGAAGGCUCACACCCCCGCUUUCAGGUAGAGGAGUGAGCAACACAUUCAUCGAUGAAGCACGGCGUGACAUGCAGCUACGAAAGAUGCCGUACGAUGAGGCCGAUAUGAAAUGGCUCAGGGAAGCGCGUCACAGCAUCUACACACUAAAUGGCAAGCAGACUGAGUGGCAGGCUGAGCACAAGGAAUUAACGACCCAACUGAACAGACACUAUCAAGCUACCAGCAAAGCGACCAAGUCCCAAAAGGACAGUGCCAAGAACAAUGCCCCAGGCCCCAAGGCCGGGUCCGAUCCAUCUGGCAUAUCUGCGACCGAGACGAAGCUCAGUCAGGAUGCAGGAGCGGUAUCGGAAGACAAAGUCAAAAGCCUUAAAGAACGCGCGAAAAAAGUCAAGCAAGAGCUGGACGGGGUGCUCAAGCAGCAAGAAGAGAUCCGCGCCCGGAGUCAAAACAUCCGUUUGUCGUGGCCGAAUCACUGCCAUCCUGAAGUCCCAGUUGGACCAGAGGAGAACGCGGUACUGUUGUCUGUUGAAGACCCGCUCAACGUUCUGCCAUCCGAGUUCGACGAGAUGAAGGAGCCUUGGAACAAGUCGGUCAUGCAAGCAAAGCACUUUCCGGAUGGACCCAAACCGGAUCCGAAGCGCGAUCAUUUGUCAUUAGCAGCCUCAGCGUGUGCAGCAGAAGUUGACAUGAUGUCGGGCUUGCUGGCGACGGGAAGCUCGUGGCCGUAUCUCCUCGGGAGUAUCAGCUUGCUCGAGCAUGCCUUAUCGCAAUACGCCAUGUCGAUCGUGGUACGGAAAGGGUUCAUUCCCGUGUCACCGCCUGACGUAGUACGUGCCGACCUUGCCGAUCGAUGUGGCUUUCGACCGAGGGACGAAAAGGCCAAGCAGACCUACUUUCUGGAGACAGCAAAGGGCAAGGGCACCGAGAAAGGGCAGUCGCAUAGUGACGCUGACCUCUGCUUAGCAGCCACAGCAGAGAUUCCGCUCGCCGGGCUUCUAGCAGCUCGAACCAUUGACGAGACAAGAAAAGACAAGCGAGCGUCAACCUCUGAGGAAGGAUCCUGUUUGAUACAAGAGUCAAAGCUGCCCAUUAAGCUUGCAGCACUAGGACAUGCAUUCCGAGCCGAGGCGGGCGCUCGUGGCGCCGACACGCGCGGACUGUAUCGCGUGCAUCAGUUCAGCAAGAUCGAAAUGUUUGUUGCCACGGAAGGACAUGUAGAGGCAAGCAAUGCCAUGCUUGAGGAACUCCGAGCCAUUCAAGAAGAGGUGAUUGGUGGACUUGGGCUGCCAUACCGCGUGCUAGACAUGCCCACGGAAGAGCUGGGUGCGAGUGCAUAUCGCAAGUAUGACAUUGAAGUGUGGAUGCCUGGGCGAGGGUCUUGGGGGGAGGUAUCUUCGGCUUCCAAUUGCACGUCGUACCAAGCACUGCGGCUGGGUAUCAAGCUCAAGACGGCGGAGCCUGUUUCUCAGGAGAACGGAGAUCCGCAUCACCCGACCGUGCAUACGCUCAAUGCGACUGCAGCUGCGAUUCCGCGUUUAAUCGUCGCUAUCCUCGAAAACCACGGCGUGGAGAGAGGCAAACUGGUGCUGCCUGAUACGCUCGCUCCUUUCUGGCUUGCGGGAGACAAGGACCCCAAUGUGACGUGGCUGCACACUGGCAAGCUUGAAGCUGGCUCGGGGUCGCGGCUUCAGAGAGCUCUGACGCAAGUCCGUUCCAUCGCUAGGAAGAACGGCACAGAUGCACCAACCAUGAUUGCGUCGUUCCUCGUUCUGCACGAGCUCACUGCCAUUGUGCCGCUGGUGAUCAUGUUUUACUUGUUUGGUGCGCUCGGGGUGGGCACGGCUGUUCUCGACUGGCUCCUCGGAGACGGCAACGAGGCGACCGAAGAAUCACUCGGAUCGCGAUUUAGGGCAUGGGCACGAAUCAAAGAGGAGCGAUUCGAGCGAUAUUGCCGCAAGAAAGGCUACCUUGGGUUUGAGAAGCAAGACGUCGAGCAGAUCAACGCAGCUAACGAUCUGGGUAAGACGGGUCAACUGGCAGGCUCAUUUGCCAAUAUGGUGGCUGCGUAUAUUAUUGUCAAGGCGCUGCUGCCCGUGCGUAUCGGUGCGUCGAUUGCGCUGGCAGGGCCGUUCUCGAAGGCGGUGUUGGAGCCGCUUAAGCGCAUGCUCGGUCGUGUUCCGCUGGUUCGUCGUCGCACACCUAGCUAA